CUCGAACCUCUUGUCAACUUCCCCAAACCCGGAUGACGUUCUUUUUCUAUUGUGGUGUUAGCGAUUUAACAUGGCACCUACAGCUAAAACUAGUAAAGGUGAAAAGCCAGCCGCCAAGGCUGCCGCUGAUAAACCAAAACCCGCCGCCGCUGGUGGAGACAAAACCGCCAAGGGCAAGGUUGAAAAGAAGGCCCCUGAAGCAAAACCAGCCGCUGCCAAGACCGUAAAGAAGGCACCAGAGGCUGCCAAGGAAGUUAAGGCAGCAGCAGCUGCCGCUCCCAAAGCUGCCCCAAAGAAGGCCGCAGCUGAACCAGCAAAGAAGGCUGCAGCUCCAGCUAAGAAGGACGCAAAGAAGGCUGACGCACCAAAGGAUGCUAAGAAGCCAGCUGCUGAAAAGCCAGCCGCUAAAGCUGCUGCUCCAGCUGCAGCUGCUGCCGCACCAGCCAAGAAGCCCGCUGAUGCUGCUGCUCCUAAAGUUGAGAAGCCACACAAGGCUGCCGCUCCAAAACCAGUUGCUGCCGCCAAGCCCGCCAAGAAGACAGGAGUAGCUGCCGCUGCUGCUGCCGCCACUGGCAAGGGCCGUGUCACCAAGAAGCAAGUUCUCCGAGGCAAGGGAUUGAAGAAGAAGAAGGUCUCCCUCCGUUUUGGCAUUGACUGCACCAACAUUGCCGAGGACAACAUCAUGGAUGUGGCCGACUUUGAAAAGUACAUCAAGGCUCGCCUAAAGGUCAAUGGCAAAGUUAACAACUUGGGCAACAAUGUGACCCUAGAGCGUAACAAGAUGAAAGUCUUUGUUAACUCCGAUGUGCACUUUGCCAAGCGCUACCUCAAGUACUUGACCAAGAAGUAUUUGAAGAAGAACAGUCUGCGUGAUUGGAUCCGUGUGGUUGCCAAUGAGAAGGACUCGUACGAACUACGUUACUUCAGAAUAAGUUCCAAUGACGAUGACGAAGAAGACGCAGAGUAAGGCGGGUGUACAUUUAGUUGGGAUUUUUUUUUAUAAUAAAAAGAACUAUAAAAAUGAAUAAAUAACAAAAAACUAGAA